CACCAGGUUUGGGGAUCCGAAAACCCCCAAAACCCUAACGACGCAAAGCUCUUGCGUUUCAUCGUUUUCGGCUCCUCCCGCUCUAAUCCGAAUGAAAGCGCUGCUCCGAUUCGACUAACUAGGGCUUUCACUUCUCCCGUCUGUUGCUAUGGCAUUCUCCACCAUGCUCCGCCUCGGCUCUUCCUCCGUCCUUCUUGCUCGCGGCCGGCCGUUCCUAUUCCUCCCGGCCAUCUCCGCCUUGCUCCCAUCUUCCCGCCGCGUCUUCGUCGAACUUCGCCCUCUCUCCACUGCGUCGCGCCGGGCCGUUCGGCCGGUGAGGGCGAAGCGGAGGGAUCGAGAGGAGGAGCCCUCCAGUGCGGCGAAGCAGGGGAGGGGGGACGACGGCAGCGGACCCAAUGGCGGGGUGUUGGUGAAGGAGCGCAGUGGCACCAGGGAGGCAAGGAUUGUCCCCACAGAGCUCCACACGGAGGCCAAGGAGUCGUAUAUGGCAUAUGCCAUGUCGGUGCUGGUCGGUCGCGCUUUGCCUGAUGUACGGGACGGUUUGAAGCCGGUGCACAGGAGGAUACUGUACGCAAUGCAUGAAUUAGGUCUUUCUUCUCGUAAGCCUUUUAAGAAAUGCGCUAGGGUUGUUGGAGAGGUUUUAGGUAAGUUCCAUCCCCAUGGAGAUACAGCCGUUUAUGAUUCUUUAGUUCGAAUGGCUCAGGAUUUCUCUCUACGAUGCCCUCUCAUUAAUGGACAUGGUAACUUUGGAUCAAUAGAUGCUGAUCCUGCUGCUGCAAUGAGAUACACAGAGUGCAGAUUGCAAGCUCUUACUGAGGCUAUGCUCUUAACAGAUUUGGACUUUAAUACUGUUGAUUUUGUUCCCAAUUUUGACAACUCACAAAAAGAACCUUCUCUUUUGCCUGCUCGUCUGCCAAAUCUGCUGUUAAAUGGAUCUUCUGGAAUUGCGGUUGGAAUGGCUACAAAUAUACCACCACACAACCUUGGGGAACUUGUAGAUGCACUUUCUGUUCUGAUCCAUAAUCCUGAAGCUACCCUCCAAGAAUUACUGGAAUACAUGCCUGGACCUGACUUUCCUACUGGAGGGCUGAUUUUAGGGAAUUCUGGGAUAUUGGAAACAUAUAAGUCUGGACGAGGCCGCAUAAUAGUAAGAGGGAAGACAGAUGUGGAAAUGCUUGAUGAGAAAUCCAAACGCAGUGCCAUAAUAAUUAAGGAGAUCCCUUAUCAGACAAAUAAAUCUGCCCUAGUUGAGAAAAUUGCUGAACUUGUGGAACAGAAGAUUUUAGAUGGUAUAAGCGAUAUUCGUGAUGAAAGCGACCGCUUUGGAAUGCGUGUUGUAAUUGAGCUGAAAAGGGGAUCAGAUCCAUCAAUUGUUCUCAACAACCUUUAUCGGCAUACUGCUCUUCAGUCUAGUUUUAGCUGCAACAUGGUAGGUAUUCUUGACGGUCAGCCAAAACUGAUGGGUUUGAAGGAAUUACUUCAGGCGUUUCUUGAUUUUAGGAGUUCUGUCAUUGAAAGGCGUGCAGCAUUUAAGCUUAGUCAAGCUCUAGAACGAAAGCAUAUUAUUGAGGGCAUCAUUAUUGGUCUUGAUAACUUGGAUGAUAUUAUAAACAUAAUCAGGAAAACUUCUAGUAACGCUCUGGCUAUUACUUCUUUAGUGAAAGGGUACCAUUUAUCUGAAAAGCAAGCUGAAGCUUUGUUGGACAUUACUUUGAGGAAACUUACCCUUCUUGAGAGAAAGAAGUUUGUGGAUGAAGCAGAAUCAUUAUCAGAUCAGAUUUCUAAUUUAAAUGAACUCUUGUCUAGUAAGAAGCUCAUCUUCCAGCUUAUAGAGAAAGAAGCAAUUGAGUUGAAGCAUAAAUUUGGAAGCCCAAGACGUUCAUUUAUAGAAUAUUCAGGGAGUAGCCAACUUGAGGAAAUAGAUGUUAUUCCGAAUGUGGAGAUGCUUCUAACACUUAGUGAGAAAGGAUAUCUCAAGCGCAUGAAGCCAAACACCUUUACCCUGCAACAUAGAGGAACCAUUGGAAAAUCUGUUGGAAAGAUGCGGGUUAAUGACUUGAUGUCUGACUUCAUCGUUUGUCAUACACAUGACCACAUUCUUUAUUUCAGUGACAAGGGCAUAGUUUACUCUGCUCGAGCUUAUAAAAUACCAGAAUGUUCUAGGACUGCAACUGGCACUCCAUUGGUCCAGCUGCUAUCCUUGUCUGAAGGGGAGAGAAUAACCUCAAUUGUUCCUGUCAGUGAAUUUAUUGAUGAUCAAUACCUAGUAAUGUUAACACUGAAUGGGUACAUCAAGAAAGUUUCUUUAAAGGCCUUUUCAGCAAUCAGACCUUCUGGAAUCAUUGCAAUUCAGUUGGUCGCUGGUGAUGAGCUGAAAUGGGUUCGUCUCUGUGCAGACGCUGACCUUGUUGCUUUAGCUUCCCAGAAAGGAAUGGUCAUUGUGAAUUUUUGUAGCAAGCUUCGAGCACUUGGGAGGAAGACAAGAGGUGUGAUUUCAAUGAAAUUAAAAGGAGACAAAAUGGCUUCAAUGGAUGUCAUACCUGCGUCUAUACAGAAAGACUUGCAGAAAUUGUCAGAGAAUAUUUACAGCAGAGGUAAAGAUCUUGGACCUCCAUGGCUGCUUUUUGUAUCUGAAAGUGGUCAUGGGAAGCGUGUACCUUUAAGCGCAUUCAGGCUAUCAAACUUCAACAGAGUGGGCUUGUUAGGUUACAAGCUUCCACCAGAUUGUCGUCUUGCUGCAGUCUAUGUGGUUGGGUUUUCAUUGUCAGCUUCCAAUGAAGAUGGAGAAAGUGAUGGACAACUGGUUCUAGUUAGCCAAAGUGGGACAGUAAACAGAAUCAAAGUUCGAGAUAUAUCCAUACAGUCACGUGCUAGCAGGGGAGUUAUCCUAAUGAGAUUGGAAUAUGCUGGAAAGAUCCAGUCUGCAUCCUUGAUCUCUGGAUCUGCAGAUAAUGUUGGCGAUGACGAUUGAAGUAAAUAAUUUCAUACCAGCUUGACUCUGCAGCAAAAUUGUGUUCUGCUGGCACGAAUAGCCAUUUUUGUAGUUGGAGAUUUGUGACCAGCUGAAUGUAUUCAUCUUGAUUUACCUACAUAUUCUCCAAAAAGAUUGUGAUGUAUGUAAUGUAUUCCACUCAUGGAAGAGUUGCUAUGCACCUUGAGAAUUAAUGAUUUGCAUCAAAAUAUUAUUUAUGCUAA